CUUGAAUCGUCGUGCUCAGUUUUCUAUAUAUAUCCUUCAUUGUAAACCGGCUUGUUCCGUUUUGAUCAUCAUCAUCAUCACCAACACUUGGCUAGCUUCCACGCUUAUUCCUUCCUUCGUUUUGGUUACUUACAGGCAACAUACACAGACACACUACAUCGCCUGUGACUUCUCUUACACUCUCUUUUUUUCUUUCCCUUCGUCCUUUGUAUCAUGAAGUCCUCUCGUCUCUUUUUGGCCGCUGGGGCAUUGGCUACAGCACAAGCAGCGGCAUUCACAAACAACACAGUGCAUUUGCCUGAUGCGUUGGUUGUCCCCCCGCAAGAGUGCCGAACCUAUGUGCGCACAUACUUGGUCCCCAUGUCCAAGUGCCCAUACGAGACUGUGACAAUGCUAGCUGCAGACCCGUUCCUAGCAUCUCCUACCACCUUCACCAAGGCUGAAGCGACUGGCACUGGCCGCGGCACUGUUGUUGUCGAAAUCCCAGCUCCCUGGACCACUAUUGUUAUGUAUCCCACUGGGACGGCUACUGUGACAGAGAGAGUCACCGUGUCGACAAUUGUUCCCGUCCAUGACCGUUCAGGAACUAUUAUUGUUUUUGAGCCCGUUUUGCCCCUUGUUCAAACGGUCACCAAGGACCACACCAUCGUGUCUGUUGUCACGCAAACCCCAGCCCCCAACACUGUCUUCCUCACCAAGCAGUAUACUGGUACCUCGGUUGUGACAGCGCCAAUUACCAGAACUGUCACAGCAGAGGGUGGCAAGGCUGCGACUGUCAUUGUCGAGACGCCCCCUCAAGUGACAACUAUCACCAAGGACGUCACGGUGACAAAGUCCACCGAGCCUCAAACAAAGACUGUCAUCAAGCCCGAAGAGCAUGCCACUACCGUCAUUGUUGAGAAGCCCAUCACCAUCAAGCCCAACAGCACUGUGACCAUGACGGUUCCAUACACUGGAACAGCAAUCAUUACUGAGCCUAUCACGGUUACCGUCACACCAACAUCCGCCGGUCAACCCUUUAGCGUCUUGAUUGAGAGCCUUCCACCACCACCAAAGCCAGCAGCUUAUGUUUGCGACGACAAUGGUUUCCUCAUGUCUGAUGAUUCUCUAUACAAGAUGAACCUCGAAGAUGGCCAGCCUCAGUUUGUACAUGCCAACGGAAACAAUGCCACCGCCAGAAUGAACUCCAUUGGAUACAACUCUCUUGAUAACAUGAUUUACGGCAUUAGCGAGGCUGAGGAUCCUCCCCACCUGGUCCGCUUGCAAUCCAACGGAACAAACGGUGGUGUCUUUGAGAUUCCUUCCAUUUCACCUAGUCGCUAUGUUGCUGGUGAUGUUGAUGCUGACGGCUUCUUCUGGGCUGCUGGCACUGGUUCGGAGUGGAUCAAGGUUGAUCUUCGACCCGGAUCCAAGACUCUAUUCAAGACGGUUGGCCACGGCGUCUACACGGAUUCCCCUGGUCUUCCCCUUGAUUGGUCCUACGUUCCUGGCGGUGGUAACGCCAUGUACUCGGUCAGCAGAAACGACCAAGGCACCGUUCUCAUGAAAUUUGACACGCAAAACAUGCGUUGGUUCAGCCUUGCCGAGCACGGUGAACUCGCUGGCUCAUCGCAAUGGGGCGCCAUCUAUCCUGGCCCCGAUGAUGAGAUCUUUGCUUCCGAGAACGACAGUGGCGAGAUUUGGAGAUUUCCCAUUGAUGGAGGAGCUCCCAAUAAGGUCACUGUUGGUCCCAAGGGAGGCAGUGUCGAUGGUGCUCGCUGUAUUCUGAGUGACGCGUUUAUGAACAAGAAGAAGAAGUAAGGCGACGGGGAGCUGUGUUUGGUGUUCUUUUAUCUUUCAUUUUCUUUCUUUCUCUUCGCUUCGAGGAGCUCUCUUUUGAACCCAUUCUUUGUAUAUUCUAUAGACUUUUCGACUGUAUUUUCUUCUUAUUUUCGCUUUUCUCUACAACAAUACAACCUGC